GGCCUUGGAAGAAGCUACGGGUGAACUCCUGCAUCUCAUUCUCCCGCGCCAUUUUGCUCCACCUGAUAUUGGCGGCUCCCGCCUUUUUUCUUCCCGGCCUCCGUCUGUGCGUUUGACAGGAGGUUGCGCACGCGCAGUGUCGUGACGCCGAGAGGCAGGAGACCGUCGCGGGUCGGUGGCGCGCCGCUUGGGCCGAAUUUGCCAGACAAAACUUGUUUUUGCCGGGCAGUUGUAGGGUCUCGUGGCUCUUCCCUUUUCUUAGAAGGAAUCGCUUUUUAAAGUUCUCGUUAGAAACCUAUUCGGAGCCGGCUACACCUUUGAGUGUAACGCAAUCAAAUCGCGACGCUGCCUCCGUUCGUGGUCGCGGGCAACAACUAGGCCUCUGUGACUUUGAAAGGCAGACGGAAAAGGGCGUCCUCGCCUGAAGACUAGGAAUCUCAGGGGGGAAUGUCUUCUUGUCACUUCAAAUCGCUAAGCACAUUUCGAAUCAGUUAAGGGCGCCCUCCAGCGUCCUCCAUCUUUGUGACAUCACGCUUCUCUUCGGCGCCAUUUUUCGCGUAUCCCCUGGAAGCAACGUUCCUUUCCCGGUAUUGCUACGGAGAGCAGGUCGUGUGGUUAAGAUCCCUGAGCGCGGGGCACGCCGGGAGUUGUAGUGCCAGCGAACCCAGCCCUGCCGAGGCCCCGGAAGUUGAGGCGGGAGAGGCCGGGCUGAACCGGCUCGGCGUAGCGGGACUUAGGACUACAGCUGAGGCGCUUGUCCCGGAGCGGGUCAUGAACGGACCGGCGGAUGGUGAAGUGGACUACAAGAAGAAAUACCGGAAUCUGAAGCGAAAACUCAAAUUCCUCAUCUACGAACACGAGUGCUUCCAGGAGGAACUGAGGAAGGCGCAGAGGAAAUUGCUGAAGGUGUCCCGGGACAAGAGUUUCCUCCUAGACCGACUUCUGCAGUACGAGAACGUGGAUGAAGACUCUUCUGACUCUGAUGCCACUGCAUCUUCAGACAACAGCGAGACAGAGGGGACACCCAAGUUGUCAGACACACCUGCCCCUAAGAGGAAGAGAAGCCCUCCGCUGGGGGGCGCUCCCUCCCCUUCCAGCCUCUCCCUGCCUCCUUCAACAGGGUUUCCCCUUCAGGCCUCGAGGGCCCCCUCCCCAUACCUGAGCUCGAUGGCGGUGGGACCCCCCGACUGCCCUGUGGGAGGGCCGCUGACCUUCCCAGGCCGGGGCUCUGGGGCUGGGGUGGGGGCAGCCUUGGCCCCCCUACCCCCACCCAAGAUGCCCCCCCCCACGAUCCUGAGCGCCGUCCCUCGGCAGAUGUUCAGCGACGCGGGCAGCGGGGACGACGCCCUGGACGGGGACGAUGACCUGGUGAUCGACAUCCCGGAGUGAGCGCCUCUACCCAACCCCCUGCCUAGCCCCCUCGGAGCCAGCACACACGAGCCCCCAGCUUCCUCAGAGAAGUUUAUUGACGCCCAGUUGCCAUGCUGCGGCCACGGACACAAUCAGAAAAGGCGUAAACAUGCACGAACGUCCCCCAGAAGGUGGGCCCUCUCCAGGGAGGGCAGGGGUCCUGCCCUCACAUCCCAGCCCGAUCCAGAGGACAGUUAUUUAAAGGAGUGGCCAGGGCCAUCCGUCACCUCUCAGAGAGGCAGAGACCCUGCGGUGGCCCCCCCGCUUAAAAGGGCAGCUGUGGGGGUGGGGUGUGGUGUGUGUGUGUGUGUGUGUGUGUGUGUGUGUGUGUUUUUAAAUGAAGAUUGUGUAUUAAAGAAGUGGCUCUUUGUU